UCAUCGGAGCCUCCCUUCCUCCAGCACACCGCCUCCACUACUCUGAAUCGGCUCUUAGGCUAUUGGCGCGUCUCCCUGCAGGCCGUCUGCCUCUCCCGCUACGGCGUCUCGCCUUUUCCGGUUGGUUGUAGGGGAUGGCAGGGUACUGUUAUCGGAAGCCUUUUCCGAUUCAUCGAGGAGAUAGCUGCAGAGGAGGAUAGCAAGCUGCGGGACUUUCUGGAUACCUUUCAAGGAAGAGUUUAUGAAUGCCCUAUAGUCAAUGGUGUGCACUUUAAGGGAGAUGGCUAUAGUUCUUGUGUUGAUACCGUCAUGUUAUAUUGCCUACCAUUAUUUUUUUACAAGAUCAUUAGACAUAGGGCACUAUACAGGAUGACUUCCGAUUUUGUUGAAGCUGAAACUAGCGGUGCUAUUGGACUGAUAAGCAAAUGUAUUCUACCUAUUAAUCCAACUGAUCCUGAAUGUUUUCAUGUAGAACAAUCGAAUCCUUCUAGCGGCGUUCAGAUGGAGUUGAUCCAAAUGGAGAUCCUUCGAUAUAAUCUCUCGCACACGCUGUCACACAACUUGAUUGAGGUUGGUUUUGCAACUCAGAUAAUGGGCACCCAGGCAGAAAUUCAAGAACGACAUGACGCCGUUCGACAUUUGGAGAAUAAGCUUCUAGAUUUGCAACAGUUUCGUCUGCCAUGGACCAUGUGUAGUGGGGCAACCCGGUUCUUCACAAGGCAAAAAGUCUGCAGAAAAACUUGA